AUGGCUUCCGCAGCUGUUCAACUUCCCGCUUCUCGCGGCUCUCUGCUCUCAGAAAAGCCCGGAGUCCCAGUCUCCGAAAAGCCUCACCAUGUCCAGACCACACUCAACUUCUUCAAAGAGAACGAAGAUGGCUCUCCCCCAGAACCAACAUAUACCAGCAGACCAGAAACAUACGAUCGACCCGCGGCCCCUCUCGCAACCACCAUCCACGACAUCAGCGGCCACGAGCUGGACUACAAGCUCGACACCCAUGGAUUCCAGCUCUACUACCACGAAAGCCAAGAGAAAGACUUCCUAGACGACGAGAAGAUCAAGAGGGAAUACUACGCAGAAACAGAACAGCUACUAAAAGACGCCACCGGUGCCUCCCGCAUCUUCAUCUUCGACCACACAAUCCGCCGAGCACCAACCGACGGAUCCGCCGGUGCCCGCAUGCGCGGACCCGUACAGCGCGUGCACAUCGAUCAAUCCUACACUGCCUCCAAGAACAGAGUCUCCCACCAUCUGCCAGACGAAGCACCCGAGCUUCUCAAGGGCCGAUACCAGAUCAUCAACGUCUGGCGUCCGAUCAAGACGAUUCUGAAAGAUCCAUUGGCUGUGGCGGAUGCGCACUCAGUCCCGGAUAGCGACCUUGUGCCCAUCGGUCUUAUAUAUCCGGACCGGGAGGGUGAGACAUACGGUGUUAAACCUGAUCCGAAUAUCAAGUGGUAUUACCGCUAUGGACAGACGCCGGAUCUGGUGACGCUUAUCAAAUGUUUUGAUUCUAAGGUUGAUGGGAGAGCCCGGCGUGUGCCUCAUACUGCUUUUGUUAACCCGGAAACUGAGAAUGAAGCCGGAAGAGAGAGUAUUGAGGUGCGAGCGUUGGUUUUCCAUCCUGAUGACCGUGACUAG